AUGGAUAGGGUAAAAGGCAAAGUUUGCGUGACUGGGGCUUCUGGUUUCUUGGCUUCUUGGCUGGUUAAGCGACUUCUCCUAUCUGGUUAUCAUGUCAUUGGAACAGUUAGAGAUCCAGGAAAUGAGAAGAAAUUAGCUCACCUCUGGAGGUUGGAAGGAGCCAAGGAGAGACUCAAAUUGGUGAGGGCCGACCUAUUGGAAGAGGGCAGCUUUGACGAGGCAAUCAUGGGGUGUCAGGGCGUCUUCCACACUGCUUCCCCCGUAAUAAAACCUUCAUUUGAUCCCAAGGCAGAAAUCCUGGAACCGGCUGUGAAGGGCACAGUGAAUGUGCUACGCUCAUGUAACAAGAACCCAUCUCUGAGGCGUGUAGUUCUCACAUCGUCUUCUGCAACUGUGAGGGCUAGAGAUGAUAUUGAUUCCAAAAUACCCCUUGAUGAGUCAUAUUGGAGCUCCGUUGAACUCUGUGAGACUUUGCAGAUUUGGUAUGCUUUAGCCAAAACCCAGGCUGAGAAGGCUGCAUGGGAGUUUUGCAAUGAGAAUAAGAUUGAUCUGGUCACCAUCCUUCCCACUUUCGUGAUUGGACCGAGUCUGCCACCUGAUUUAUGUUCCACUGCAUCUGAUGUCCUCGCCUUGCUGAAAGGUGAAACAGAGCAAUUUCAGUGGCAUGGGAGGAUGGGAUAUGUUCACAUUGAUGAUGUUGCACUUUGCCACAUCCUUGUUUACGAGCAUGAAGCUGCAAAUGGGCGAUACCUUUGCAGUUCAAACGUGAUCGACAACGAUGAGUUGGUAUCAAUCUUAUCCGCGCGUUAUCCAUCACUCCCUAUACCAAAGAGGUUUGUGAAACUAGACAGACCAUAUUAUGAACUCAAUACCUCCAAGAUAAAAGGUUUAGGAUUCAAUUUCAGGCCCAUUGAAGAAAUGUUCGAUGAUUGCAUUGAAUCACUGGAGGAGCAGGGCCAUCUCUCUCUUCAGUCCGGCUAUCAGAAGCCACUUUGUUAA